ACAAAGAGUGAGUUUCUGCAUGAAAUGCUGUUUAGCAUUUUAUAAUAUCCAAAGAAGAAUUGUGAAAGCAAAUCCCCUAUAGCCUUGAGGUUUGAUGUGGCCAAGACAAGUGGAGAAGCUCUGAUGCAUACGUGUUGCAUGUAUCUGUUUGGAAAAUAAGCCACUUUGAAGAGGGGUACUGUUUUGGAAUAAAUACAGUUGGAUUUAUUCUAAGAAACUUCUAGUGUAUUUCUGGAUCCUUGAGUCAGAAUAGAAGGUAAUGAGGUGAGAUCUCCAUGUUAGGGAUCCACGGAAAGUGUCUCUGGGCUAGGAGUCGAGUGGUUUAUUUUUUUUUAAUGGAAGUAGGCAUGCUUUAAGGAUAAACUUCUUUAAGGCUGUUCAGAGCGUUGCCAAGAUUAGAUGGAUCAUCUUAGAAAAUGUGUAUGCAGAAUGAUUAGGCAGUAUUAGCCAUUGUAUAUUUUAUGGGAAAUCCAGCCAAGUGUAUUAGCGCCAGUUUGAGGAAUGACUUAGAGUUCAUCAGAGUGCCUCUUGGACGAGGAAGGGACCUGGUGUUUGAAUGCCUCUAUUUUGCCAUGCGCUGUGCCAGCAUUUUUUUUACAUGUUCCUCAUCAUGGCCCCAUGAGGGGGGUAGUAUCGUGCUGAGUUCACAGACAGAGAACUGUAGUUUAUCCAAGGUUGCAUGACUCUUAUUAUCACUCAAGUGACAAAAUUGGGAUUUGAAACCCAAACUGGUCUGAAUACGGAAUCCUGUCCUUGUUUCAACUACAUCACACAGUUUUGUAGCUUGUCAUAGUGACAUUUGACAAGGUAUAAGCAUACGCAGUGGGGUUAAUAGCUUAUAUUUUAGUUUAAAAGGACACAAUUAUUUGCUUUGGCUGAAGAAAGUUCAUUUGGAAAUAAUUUAUUUUAAUAGUUUGAGGCAGAGGGUGACAGCCUGUUUCUGUAAAUAACAUCUUAUUGGAAUACUUCGUUUCCAUAUCGCCUAUUGCUGCUUUAAUGCUACAAUACAGACCCAGUAGCUGCAGCAGAGUCCCUAAAAUAUUUACUGUCUGAAAAAAACAAUUUAUUGUCUGGCGCUUACAGGAAAAGCUUACCAACCCCUAUUCAAAGGAAAAUGUAUAAAAAUGAAAUAAACUCCUAAUUUUGCAGAUCAUCGUUUGUUUUCAUGUGGAUUGAGCAGAUGUAGAAGUUGAAUUGACAGUGUACCUCGUCUCAAGAUGGCUGGGAUGUGAACAUUUCUCAUUUGUACAGAGAGUGGUUUGGUUGAGGACAUCUCAGGGCAUCUUUUUCAUUUCCUUGCCUGGGAUCAGUUGGAACCAUUCAAGAAAGAGAGGGUCACUGAUGAGAUUUUAAAGUGAACCUCACUGUGGAACCGACCCAUGUUACCUGGACCCUUGGAUUUCUCAGAUACAGUUUCCAGUAUGGCUUCUGCACCAACUUCUAAGUAUAAUUCACACUCCUUGGAGAAUGAGUCUAUUAAGAGGACUUCUAGGGAUGGAGUUAAUUGGGAUCUCAGUGAGGCCGUUCCUCGACUUCCAGGAGAGACUCACGUUGCUGACAAAGAAGUUAUUUACAUAUGUCCUUUCAAUGGCCCCAUUAAGGGAAGAGUUUACAUCACAAAUUAUCGUCUUUAUUUAAGAAGUUUGGAAACGGAUUCUGCUCUCAUACUUGAUGUUCCUCUGGGUGUGAUCUCGAGAAUUGAAAAAAUGGGAGGCGCGACAAGUAGAGGAGAAAAUUCCUAUGGUCUAGAUAUUACUUGUAAAGACAUGAGAAACCUGAGGUUCGCACUGAAGCAGGAAGGCCACAGCAGAAGAGAUAUGUUUGAGAUCCUCACGAGACACGCCUUUCCCCUGGCCCACAGUCUGCCAAUAUUUGCAUUUUUAAACGAAGAAAAGUUUAAUGUGGAUGGAUGGAUGGUUUAUAAUCCAGUUGAAGAAUACAGAAGGCAGGGCUUACCCAAUCAUCAUUGGAGAAUAACUUUUAUUAAUAAGUGCUAUGAACUCUGUGACACUUACCCUUCUCUCUUGGUGGUUCCAUAUCGUGCCUCAGAUGAGGAUCUCAGGAGAGUUGCAACGUUUAGAUCCCGAAAUCGAAUUCCAGUGCUGUCGUGGAUUCAUCCAGAAAACAAGACUGUCAUUGUACGUUGCAGUCAGCCUCUUGUCGGUAUGAGUGGUAAACGAAAUAAAGAUGAUGAGAAAUACCUUGAUGUUAUCAGGGAGACUAACAGACAAAUUUCUAAACUCACAAUUUAUGAUGCAAGACCCAAUGUAAAUGCAGUGGCCAACAAGGCAACAGGAGGAGGAUAUGAAAGUGAUGAUGCAUAUCACAACGCAGAACUUUUCUUCUUAGACAUUCAUAACAUUCAUGUUAUGCGAGAAUCUUUAAAAAAAGUCAAAGACAUUGUUUAUCCUAAUGUGGAAGAAUCUCAUUGGUUGUCCAGUUUGGAGUCUACUCAUUGGUUAGAACAUAUCAAGCUUGUUUUGACGGGAGCCAUUCAAGUAGCAGAUAAAGUCUCUUCAGGAAAGAGCUCAGUACUCGUGCACUGCAGUGACGGAUGGGACAGGACCGCCCAGCUGACGUCCCUGGCCAUGCUCAUGCUGGACAGCUUCUAUCGGAGCAUCGAAGGUUUUGAAAUAUUGGUACAAAAAGAAUGGAUAAGUUUUGGACAUAAAUUUGCAUCUAGGAUAGGUCAUGGUGAUAAGAACCACGCCGAUGCUGACCGAUCUCCUAUUUUUCUCCAGUUUAUUGAUUGUGUAUGGCAAAUGUCGAAACAGUUCCCGACAGCCUUUGAAUUCAAUGAACAAUUUCUGAUUACGAUUUUGGAUCAUCUGUACAGCUGCCGCUUUGGUACUUUCUUGUACAACUGUGAAUCGGCUCGAGAAAGACAGAAAGUUACAGAAAGAACAGUUUCUUUAUGGUCACUGAUAAACAGUAAUAAAGACAGAUUCAAAAAUCCCUUCUAUACUAAAGAGAUCAAUCGAGUGUUGUAUCCAGUUGCCAGCAUGCGUCACUUGGAACUGUGGGUGAAUUACUACAUUCGGUGGAACCCCAGAAUCAAGCAACAACAGCCAAACCCAGUGGAGCAGCGCUACCUGGAGCUCCUGGCCCUGCGCGAUGAAUACAUAAAGCGGCUCGAGGAAUUGCAGCUCGCCAACUCUGCCAAGCUUUCCGAUCCCUCGACUUCACCUUCCAGUCCUUCACAAAUGAUGCCCCACGUGCAAACGCACUUCUGAGAGGGGACCCUGGUGCGGCGUUAGAGCUCUGAAGAGAGGAAAUAGCUGACUUUCAUUUGGGGCCUCUGUACAAAGUAGAUUAAAAUAUUUGCCUCCAUGUAGAACUUGAACUAACAUAAUCUUAAACUCUUGAAUAUGUGCCUUCUAGAAUACAUAUUACAAGAAAACUACAGUGUCUACACGGCAAUCAGAAGAAAGGAGCCAAGAUGGGGUUUUGGAAAAUCCUGACACCUUUCCAAAGCAGUUUUCGAAAGAUAAAAUUUAAAUUUAAUUUACCUCUUUAGAAAUGCUCUGUAUAUGAUAUGUAUUUUGUAGGCUUAAUUGGAACAACAUUAUUUUAAACUAAAGGGGAAAAAUAUAUGUUUGUGAAAUGGAUUUUCCUCAAGCUGCUUAUGCUAGUUGCUUUGGAUUAUCUAAAAUGAACCCAAAUGUGAAAGACGUGUGUUACUGCCAAAACCAAAUUGAGCUCAGCUUUCAAGGUAUUAUCCAAAAGCAAGGUGUUAAAAUAAUUGCCAAAUUUUAUUCCAUUGUCAGUGGUGACUUAAGGAGAAAUAGCUGUGUAGAUGAGGUGUUCAUUAUCUUGAAAUUUUGGAAUAUGAAGUGUUUUCCCCUAAUUUUCAAGAGAAGCAUAUUUUUAUAUUAAAAAAAAAUGGGGCCCAGUGAAAUAUGAUUUGAUUUUUUUUGAACUUUGCCAAUUCUGUUUCCCAAGUUCUUCCGUGAGGUUGCCUAAGAUUCGGACCCGGUUUCAGGUUGGGGAGCGCCCUUCAACAGCGCUGUCUCAGGAGGUCAGAUGUGUGAUGCUGCGUUGGUGACUGUUUCGCAAACGUUGCUCUAGUCAAACCAGCUCAUCUGCCGAAGUGUAGGGUUGAGCAUCUUGGAGGUAUGAGCUGUUGCUAGAGCAUCAUUCUUUGAAAUAGAAGCUGUAGAUGUACACUGUUGAGCGUAUUCUUGAAAGUAUUGUUUAUGAAUUUCAAUUUAAAUGGUGUCGGAUGCCCCUCCCCCCAAGCGUGCAUAAAAACUGGUUCUACAAAUUUUUACUUGAAGUACCCGGCAGUUUGCUUUUUCAGGUUUUUUUUUUUUUUGUAGUAUUAAAUGAAAUUUCAAAUGCAGUUCUAUUUGAUAUCUGAACUAAUUCAUUUAGUAAGUAUAUUUGUAAAAGGUAAGGCUAGAGUUAAAACAAUUAACGUGUUUUACGAUGAUUUGUAAAGGACUAUUUAUAGCUAAUAUGGUUAUGUUUUCAAUGAAUUAAGAGAGAUUAAAUAUAUCUUUGUAAGUUAUUUUAUGUCAUAGCUUAAUUGGUCUACCAAAUAAGACAUCUCAAAUACAGUAGCAGAAUGUAUAAAUUUUGUAUGUAUGAGAAAUUUUAUUAGACAUUCUCUUGCUUUUUGUAAACGCUGUAAAUAUUUCAUAAAUUAACAAAAUAUCACUCCAUAAAAAAGCUAAUACUAAUAGCUUAAAGGAUCUUGUGAAAUUUCAUGAAAGAAUGUCCACGGCAAUAACGAUAAAGACCUGCUGUAAUAAACGUCGUAGCUGCACACAGCGCCCUCUUUUCAGAGAGGUCACUGUGGAUGUGAGUCAA